AUGUCUAUUUGGCUCUCGACUAUCGAUCUCCAAGAGCAUGCCAUCGACCGACAGCUGGAGUCCUUCAUUGCCAAUAAGUACCCCGGCGAAGUGACUCCUUCUGCUCCUAGAACAUCCCAACCUCUCUUCGUUCACUGCAAGUUCUCUCGGUGCAUAAAGGACGAAGUCACUGGGUCGAAGCGCAAUCUCGACCAGAUCGACAUCGCCCUCACCUUUCUCUGCGACUUCCUUAAGGCCACUCCUACUGCUAAAGCCGCCGAUAUUUUGAUUAUCACCCUAUAUGCUGCAAUAAUUAAUGCUAUUGCCUCUGCCCCUUCGAUAAUCUACUCUAUCCAAGGGCAGGAAGGAGAUAUAGUUGCGGUAAUUGCAGGCACGAUAAAAGCAGUUGGGCCAGGGUUCACAGCUGAUAAUUGCCGGCUUAAUGUGAUAAUAAGUUGCUAUAAGAGUGCUUUAGUCGUUUUCGGUGACCUAUAUAUCGCAGGACCCCUAGAGAAGACCAAGCCAGUAGCUAAAGGCUCUAAGCCUCCUAAGAUAAAGGAGAUUGCAGCUGUUAGAAUCCAAAACCCCGAGGGCGAGGUUAAGAAGGCUAAGAAGGCUAAGGAGCCUAAGGAGCCCAAGAAGGAUGAGGAGGUCGAGGAGCCCAAUGAGGCUAUGGAGAUUAAGGAGCCCGAGGAGGCUGAGGAGCCCAAGGGGGCCACGAUGCUUUGGGGCAUCCUCUAUACGUGA